UACCUCCAUCCACACACUGCCUGCCCACUGCCACAACCACCACAAGGGCGAGAGAGCGGCUGCCAGCCAUGUCGCCGCGUACCACGUUCACGUUGCAGCUGCUCCUUGUCCUGGUGGUUGUGGGCUUGGCCUUGGCCGCAACCACCACGGCCGCUCCUGCGGUCCUCGGCGGAGGAAAGCACCACCGCGGCGUCCUCAGCACCCCCGUCCGCCGGCUCAAGCCGGACGUGCGGGUGUCUAAGCUCGGCGGCGGCGGCGCCGGCGCCGGCGCUGUCACCGUCACCUCCGUCGGCGAGGCGUUGAGUCUCUGGAAGAAUCUGACAGGAGCGCACUUCGUCAUCUACGUGACCGCCGGCACCUACGAAGAGCAUAUCACCGUACCAGAAGGGCGCAACAACGUGGUGCUUAUCGGCGAUGGCGUCGGCCGUACCAUCAUCACCGGAGCCCUGUCCGAUAGGACAGGGCACAACGUGAUGCAAUCGGCCACAAUGAGUGUGUUUGCUAAGGGUUUCAUGGCUCGGGACGUGACGAUUCAAAACACGGCGGGCGGGCCAGGCAUCAACCAGGCCGUGGCUCUCCGGGUCCAGGCUGACCGAACCGUGUUCUACCGGUGCCAGAUACACGGGUAUCAGGACACCCUCAUGGCCGAAUCGCACCUGCAGUUCUACCGUGAGUGUGAAAUAUCAGGCACCGUAGACUUUAUUUUCGGGGAUGCGACAGCCGUGUUUCAGGACUGCAUCGUCUUCGCACGCCGGCCGGCCGACGGCAAACACGACGUCAUCACCGCUCAAGGCCGCGGAGCACAUCUCGGUGGUUCUGGGUUCGUGCUGCAGAACUGCAGCAUCACCACGGCGCCAGGGGAGAGCCUCAACGGCGUCCAGACCUACCUCGGCCGUCCUUGGAACGACCACGCAACCGUGGUGUACAUGUUAUGCACCAUCGACGACAUCAUCCACGCGGACGGAUGGGUGGCUUGGAACAAGACCAACCCCAAGGAACGCGUCAAAGGCGGCGUCAUGCCCGGCCACGAGGGGCAUAUCUUCUACGGUGAGUUCGCGAACCACGGCGCCGGCGCCAAUGUCGACCACCGCGUCGACUGGCAUGGGUUUCAUCGCCUCAACGAGGCACAGGCUAGGCUGUAUGCGCCGGGGAGGUUCAUCCAGGGAGGCGCCUGGCUUCCCCAGACAGGGGUCCCACAUUACCUUGGCCUCCGUGAUGGUGAGUAGUGCAUCCAUCCAUCAUACCUGUCUGCCUGCUGCCGCCGUUUGAGAGCCAUCCGUUUGUUUCUCUAGUAGUAGUAUUGUCGAUGGAGUAGUAGUAGUAGUUCGUACAAGUACCGCGGGCGUAUUGUACGAGUGCGUAGAGGAGCUAGCAGCAGGAUAUGAUGGAUUCUUCAGCAGUCGGCCAAUUAGCUAGCUAUGUCCUAGCUAGCUUCUGAGCAUCAUUGGCCCAAUAAAGUAAGCAUGCAUGCGACCCCCUAGCUAGCUAGAAGCUAGGCCAGCAGUCCGUAGUAGCUUGUGAUCAGUGAUGUGUAUCAGUGUUGUUUGUGUGUGUGAUCAGAUCUGUCAUGUAUCCAUUGUUGAGCUAUUUGUCUUGGUGAUGUUUGCAACAAAAAGUGUGGUUGUUUGUGA